AUGUGCUCCCGCGGUUCCUGCCACGACUACGAGUCCUCCUGCCACGGGUCCCGCUCCUCCUGCCUCCGUUCCUGGUUCUCCUGCCACUCAUCCCGCUCCUCCUGCCACGAGCCGGAGCCUUCCUGCCGCUACCCCCAGGGACAACCGGUGCAGAAAUGCACCUACGUGAAGCCCUGCUGUCCUCCCGUGCAGCGCUAUUGUCCCCCUGUCCCCUGCUGUCCCCCCGUGCAGCGCUAUUGUCCCCCUGUCCCCUGCUGUCCCCCUGUCCCCUACUGCCCCCCUGUCCCCUACUGCCCCCAGUACACCAAGAACAUCUGGAACCUUCCACCGGCGUGUCCCAAGUAUUGA